AGUAAGACACGUAUAAUGAAUAGAAAAUAAAAAGAAUAUUUUUAAAAGAUAGAAAGUAUAGGCGAAAGGAAUAUAAUUCUUUGUUAUAUUUUCUCUCUUUCUCUCUCUCUCUCUCUCUCUCUCUUCCUCUCUCUAUUUUUUUCUCUCUUUUUUGCGGGAUAUAGGACUCGUAGCAAUCGCGUACUCGCAAUUUUAUUUCGAAUAAAAAUGCUCGACGUGGUACGUGUUCGUCCAUUAAUUUUUUGGACAUACUUUGCGCAUAAUGCAUCGUAAUUUUUCCCUCACGAGCCAGUGCAUCCUUUUAUACGGAAAGAUGGAAAACAGAGACGAUGGAAUAAAUCCUUCGACGAUGAAAGAUCCCUUCUUUUCGUUAUCUUUAAACAUUGUCUACAUAUAUAUAAAAAGAAGAGGAUCAUACGGAUACGACGAAAGAUCAACAAAUGAAAAUUCUAUACGUCGAGCCAAAACUAUAAGCGACGAAGCUGAGCUAUGGCAAAAAUGGUUGUGCUCACACAUAAACCUUUUUAUACGAAUGGCAUCACGUUUGAAAGAAAUCGAAGAGGAAUAUAUUUCGGAACUAAAGAAAUUGCAACCCGAGAUGAUCGAAGAAAUACGAAGGAUUUUCGCAUACGAGGAGGACGCCAUUGCCGACGACGGAAUUGAGUAUCCGGAAGGAGUUGAGGAUUUUUACGACAUCGAACAAGUGCUCGCAGACAUCGUAAGCGGUAAGGAAAAGUCAGUCGAGGAGAAAGAUGAAGGAGAAGAACGUGCACUCGAGAAAAUCGUGGAGGAGGACGAGGAAAAAGAAGAAAUGGUGAAUGAGAAGAUAGUGAACGAAACUGAGGAGGCUGAGGAGGAGGAGGAUGAAGAGGAGAAGGAACGUAUGGGUGGAGGUGCAGACCAACCGGAGGAGACUACCAACGAAGAAGAUUCUACUGCUGUUAUCUCGGAAAUGGAGGAAGAGAGGGUGGAGGAGAUUGAGGAAAAGGAGGAGGAAAAGGAGGAGGAAAAGGAAGAGAAAAAAGAAAACGAUGAAAUCGUCGAAAAGAAGGAUAAGGAUGAGAUAGUCGAUGAUGAUACGUCCGAGUAUCUGAAAGAGUGGCCCUUGGGAAUACAAUGGGAACCCUUUGGAAUUCAGAAAGAAAAGGAUCGUACGGAUAUUAUCGAAAAAUUAGAAAUACCGAAAACUGUCGAGGAGAUGCAAGAAAUGAUUAGAAAUUUUACCAUCCAAGCUACGAUCUAUCGAUCCUAUUUCAAAUAUUGGAUGGAAAUUGGCGAACAGGCGAUCAAAGAGAUCGUAGGUAGAACGAUCAUGUCUACGGCGAAAUUACGUGGUAUCUUGAAGGAUGAAAACCCGGAGGCAAGUUUAAAACGGUGUUUGAACAAUUCGAAGGGUAGAGCUAAACGGGACUCGUGUUUUUCACCUCCUAUAAAACCUGCUCAAAUGAUGGCUCUUACGAAACGAAUCGGCACGGAAGAGUUUUUGAAAGAGAUGGCACGUGCUGAAGAGAACAUACCGUAUUUUUUCUAUCGAAAAAUUGACCCGGACAUUGAGAUAGCAAUCAAGCACGAUGACGAGGAGGUUAUCCCAUUGGAUCCUGACAAUGAAGUUAUCUUUGGUAAUUACGAAAGUCUUCGUUUUAACCUUACCGAUAAACCCGGAAAGGAUGGUAAAUUUUUGAUAGAUGACGAUUAGAUUUAUUUCUACGAUCCGAUCAAUUUCCCAAUAAAUAUUUUGUCUCAUAUAUAUUUUAAUAUUAUUAUAACAAAUGAAAAGAUAUAUUUUUACGAAUGUUCAUGUUAUCUAACUGAGAUAAUAAUAAUAAAUGAGAGAACGGUGAAGUA